AUGGACACGGCCAAUGCAUCCGCCGACAGCGGCGAAUGGGUUUUCCGACAAUUAAGCACAGCCGGCAAGCGACUCUUCUGGAGGCUCAAUGGCCCACUCGAGGGCGCUAUCGAGGUCGCGCCGUCGGAAUACUACGAGCCGGGCGCCGUGAUGGAGCCGUAUUUCGGCCCGGACGGCUCUCUCCACCCCGUGUCGCAAGCGUCCCUCAUGGAGCCCCCGGUGUCGUCCUAUACCGUCCGCGUCCAGUGCAUCGACGAGCGGGAGCGGGUUUGGGUCGACCAGCACUCGCGCUGCCACGACGGCCCCCUUUACCAAGGGUACCCGAGACGCCUAGGGCCCCGCCCCGGCGACGAGAGCUUCGACCCGAGCAUCUUCGUGCUGGAAUGCUGCGGGCAGAAGCGGCCCUGGUCCUACGACACAUAUCUCCAAGUCGCCGCCCAAGGCGAAUUCCUCACCGUGCACUCGUAUGUCUCGGCCGUGCACUCGUGGCUGAUGGCUAUGCGCGAUACCCUCCUGGACGCCCGGGGCAAGAUGGAUUACCAGCCCAAGUGGCCGCCUGAGACCAAGCUGACUGUCGUGAAACUAGGGCCGGGCCCGUUAUAUGUCGAUCAUGAGGACAAGUGGGCCUGGUGGCACAAGAAGCCGCCCGUGCCCCGCCCUGCAAGUGAUCAACCCCGGAUUUCGGAUGAGGAGCGGCAACGCAGGACUAUGGAGAGGGCAAUGGCAAGAUCUGCGGCAAUAAUACGCGCGCGAGAGGAAGCGGCACGAGUAGCCGAGAUGAAGAAAGAAAAGUAA